AUGGGCGCGGGGGACGGCGAAGUCGCUGCGAGCAAAGAGAAGGGCAGCGGCGGCGUCGAGCGGACGUCGCUGGACGGCGUGCGGGAUAAGAACGUGAUGCAGCUCAAGAAGCUUAAUACGGCGCUCUUCCCUGUCCGCUACAACGAAAAAUACUACCAGGAUGCCAUCGCCUCCAAGGAUUUCUCCAAACUAGCUUACUACAGCGAUAUUUGUGUUGGCGCGAUAGCUUGUCGCUUGGAGAAGAAGGAAGGAGGGGCAGUCCGAGUUUACAUCAUGACCUUGGGUGUACUGGCACCGUAUCGCGGUCUUGGUAUUGGUGAGUUUUCCCUCUUCUGA